UUGCGUCAUCAGGAACGCUUCAAUUCAUCCGCUCGAUCGGUUUCCAUGGUAGCACGCAAAGUUUUCUUUAGUGUUACUAAUCGCUGUUCCCGGGAGCACAUCUCUACACCCUCGUUGUUGUCUAAGUUUUGACUUUUGAGCUUCAUAUUUGUGUUAAUUAUAUAUAUUAUAAUUGUGUUUAAUUACUUGCUGGCCUUUUCCUGUUAAAUUCUUCUGCAUUUCUACACAUUUAUUGCAUCAAUUGAUCUGUUGUUAUUUUUACAGGGGCCUCAGAACGCAGCCGAGUAAACAUGCCGUGUGUUCAUUACAAGUUUUUCAGUAAACUUACACACGACACUGUGAUCUUUGAUGGCCUUCACAUCACUCUCGCAGAUUUGAAACGCCAAAUCAUGAGCCGAGAGAAACUGAAGUGCUGCGAACUGAGAAUCACAAACGACCAAACUAAUGAAGAAUACAGUGAUAAUGCCGACAUCAUCCCCAGUUACACCAUGGUGACCGUCAGGCGAAUCCCUGGAACUGGGGUAAAAUCCACAUACAACAGACGUGGCAGUAACUGGUCUGAACCAUCAAGUGGAUCUUCAAGAGCACAAAUUAAUGGUUGUUCAUUGUCACUGGAGCAGCUUUUCGAGACGGAGAAUCUGGCUGAGGCAAAUGCAUCAGAGGAGGACAAAAUAAAAGCUGUCAUGUUCCAGUCCAGCCGCUGUUACUAUACUGUGAAUGAAGCACUCAAGCUGGUUGGAGGCCUUCCACCAAACUAUGUGUGCUUUAACUGUGGCAUCCCUGGGCAUCACAUCAGAAACUGCCCAAAGUCACGGGAUCCUACUUUUGUUGGGGGCAAGCGCAUACGGAGAAGCGCAGGAAUUCCAGUCAGCUUCCUAGUGGAGGUGGAUGACCCCAACAUGAAGGGAGUGAUGCUGAGCAGCAGCGGAAAGCAUGUCAUUCCCAUUAUUAAUGCUGCGGCUUAUGGAUCUCAGAAGAAAGAGAAUCCACCUUUCUUCCCCCAGAACGAGUCCUCCUCAUCGACCUCUGGUGAAGAUGCAGUGCCCGAUGAUUUUCUGUGUCGGAUCUGUAAAGAUCUUAUCACUGAUGCUGUGAUGACUCCCUGUUGCAGCAACAGCUACUGCGACGACUGUAUCCGCACGUGUCUGCUGGAUUCGGACGAACAUGUUUGUCCCACCUGCAAACAGUCUAAUGUGUCUCCUGAUGCUUUGAACAUAAACAUGUUCUUACGCCAGGAAUUGAACCGUUUCAAGAACAGUGUCGCUGGGUCUGGUUUCUCACACCACCAAAAACCCCUUCAGUCUCAAUCGGCCUGUUCCUCCACAAGCCCGAGCAUCAGCCAUCGAUCCAGCUCGUCUGCUUCCGGACCUAACAGCUCUCGCACCAAUAUACCGUCUGGUAAGAGGGGACGGGAGCUGAGCGAGAAUGAUGAUGAAGACAACGGCUCCAGUACUCUCAGGAAAACCAAGCAUGCUGCUGUGUGAAGAACAUCCAGAGCGCUUCAUCAUCAUUAUGUUUGAAGAGUGUUUAUGAAACCCUCCAGUUUCAAUCCUUCCUCUUAUAGACGCCCAUACACACACAAUACUAAUCGACUCAACCCUUAACAAAAUCAUUUAUUUUUAUUUCUUACCAUGUAUCUACAAUUUGAAGGACAUUGUCACCUAACACAGGUAACAAGAUACUACAAUAACAAAAUCGUUGACUUUAAAGCCUGCAUUAUUUAUUUCAUUAUUAUUUGAGUUAUCAUUAGUUAUUUUCACAUUAUUUAUACAUUUAAACAUGGUAUUAGCAUAUGAUGCAAUCCAGGUAUAACCCACAGUGCUUUUUGUUUUAGGCAUUACUCUGUAAUUGGGCUCUUCAUGUAGGUACACAAUGCAAGCGAAAUUGUAAAGUGUGAUAUUAUAAAGAAUUUACUCAUUUGAUCCUACCCAUAAACACAUCAAACAGUUUUCAUGGAGUUUUAUGAAUAUGUAUGUUGUUUAAAAGAGGGUUAAACAUAUUGUGUGUCACAAUAUCUAUUUCCUGUCGACAGAUUCUGCAUAGGCUACGAAAAAUAAAACUA